GUUGAAGAGAUGUGUGCGCAGAGAUUGGGAGAAAGGUUGCUGGGGGAGGUGACGGUUGAGGGUUUGGGCGAGUUACUGAGCUCUUUACGAUAUCUAAGUACUUUAGGAACGACGAUGUCGUAUUUUGGGAUCCCGGAACUCGAUGCUCUGCUACCCGAACAUCCACUAGCACCAGCCUCCCUCCCAGCACAACAACAACCCCAGUUAACACAAUCCCGCCAACCCAAUCCGUUUCCCCCAAACCUAGGCCCUCCUCCGCCGCCAGCACAGAACUCUCCCGUGCCAAAAAUUUCCGCCCCGAAAUGCCCUGGACCAAUCAUCGAGCUCAUUUCCCCACCACCAUCCCACCACCCCUCAGGUUCAGGGAAAACAUCGCUCAUCUAUCUAAUCACUGCUCUUGCUAUUCUCCCUCCAACCCUCUCUUCAGCGCAGUUGGGGGGUAAGAACGCUGCGAUCGUGCUCCUAGACCCGCUUUCCCACUUCUCAGUUUCACGGCUGGCGCAGGUUUGUAUUUCGCUCAUAUGUUCCAAAUUCCGGGAAGCUGAAGAGGUUACCGAUGGGAAUCGGCAAGGUGGGGUUGGGGUUGUUAAGAAUGAGGUGAAGCAAUGCGUAAAGAGAGCCUUAACCCACGUCCACAUCUUCCGACCACAAAGCUGGGAUUCGCUAAUGGAAAUGCUUGAGACUCUUCCGGAGUAUCUUUUUGACGGAGAAGGAUCCAAGCACCAGUCUAUAGGUCGGAGAAUUCAUGCUAUUAUUAUUGAGGGCGUUGAUGCGUUUUACUGGACGAUGAGGGCGGAUGCUGAGACAGUUAUACCCGAGUCGAAGACGAUGUCUGCGAACCCGAUAGCGAAAGUUGCGUCUGAAUCUUCCAAAUUUACCGCGGGUUUGGAGAAGCUGUCGCACAUGCUGUCCUGUGCCGUUAUAUUGUCUUCGCACUCAAUAACGAUGAUCCAUCCUUUCCGCACGCCAUUUCCAAUGUCCUGGCCGUCUGGGACGACGAGCACACGGCUUGCGGUGAGGAGGGUUGAUGUUAAUAAGUUUGCCCCGGCGAUUAGUGUAGAAGAGGCUGAGAUGGAGCGUCUGCAGCGGUGGGAGGUGGUUAGUCAAGGGCGAUUUGAGUGUUGGAGGGUUAAGCUAGGAGUUAGGGAUGGGGACGGCUUCGUGUUUAAAGCCGAAGUUGGUGGGGAUGGUGUGUGGGUUGAGCAGGAUGAUGGGUAAACUGUAAGAGAAAAGGGAUGCGUAGUUGAAAUUUGGGAGACAGUUUCUUUGAGAAUUUACAGCUUUUUGGCGUGAUUGUGGGAUGG